AUGUCUAGACUACUCCAACACUAUAGUGCCUGCAAAACUGCCUUUUUCUGUUGUGAUAUUCAAGAAAAGUUGGAAUCCCGUGUGGCGAACUUCGCCAAUUGUAUACAUGUCUCCAACCGCUUUGCGGCUCUCCACACCGCACUGGGCGAUCAACACAGUCUCUUCAUCGUCACGGAACAGUACCCAAAAGGGGUUGGACCCACAUCUAAACACAUUCAACUCCCAGCAGAUGCACAUAUUUAUCCCAAAACCCAAAGUUCCAUGUUAUUACCAGAAGUAUUACAACUCGUAGAUGUACCGGAAGUGCGGCAAGUGAUAUUAUGGGGAAAUGAAACACAUGUGUGUAUUUUACAGACCGCGGCGGCUUUAUUAGAUAUUGGGAAGAAAGUAGUGGUAGCGGUGGAUGGAUGUGGAAGUCAAUGGGAGUUGGAUCAUAUGACAGCUGUGCAGUUACUGCAGGCAUGGACGCGGGAUGGGUGUAGUGUCUCCACGUCGGAGUCUAUUUUAAUGCAGUUGAUGAAAGAUGCGGGGGAUCCACUCUUUAAGAAGGUGGCGGCAUUAAUGAAGGAUAAGCCCCCACUGCGUUAG